AUUAGGUAUGGCAGUUUGGAGUCACUAGACAGAAAAUUACAGAGAAAGAGAGAGAGAGCUUGUCAAAACACAGAGAGAGAAUGAAGAUCUUAUGCCUCCAUGGGUUUCGAACCAGUGGGAGCUUUCUGCAGAAGCAAAUUGGGAAGUGGGAUCCUCAAAUCGUCGCCGGCUUCGAACUGGUCUUUCUCGAUGGACAAUUCCCGGCCAGUGGGAAAUCAGAGAUCGAGGGCAUCUUCCCCCCACCUUACUUUGAGUGGUUUCAAUUCAAUGAGGAUUUUACAGCUUAUCAAAAUCUAGACUCCUGCAUUUCUUAUUUGUGUGAUUAUAUCGAGAAGAAUGGACCAUUUGAUGGGUUUCUUGGAUUUUCACAGGGAGCUGCAAUUGGAGGCUAUCUACUGGGCUACCAAAGCAAGGGACUCAUUCUCAAGAACCAUCCACCCAUGAAGAUGUUCAUCUCCAUCUCAGGAAGCAAAUUCAGAGAUCCCACAAUAUGUGAGGCUGCAUACAUAGAGCCCAUCAAGGUCAAGUCUGUGCACUUCAUUGGGGCCAAGGACUGGCUAAAGGAGCCCAAUGAGGAAUUCGCCUCGGCUUUCAUUGAACCCUUGAUCAUAAGGCACCCUCAGGGCCAUACUGUUCCUAAACUAGAUGAGGCAACUGUAGAACUACUGAAAGGAUGGAUUGAAGGUGUUGUUAAGAGUUGUUCCUCGACAAAAGAGGAAUUCGAGGCCGAGGGCUGUGCAGUUGAAGCCAUGAAACAUGACCCUCCCACUGUAAGAGAAGAAAUUGUUCUGAACGAAGAAUGUUAGUCUCAGUAUCUCUCUCUCUAAACUGCCUUUGACAUGAGAAAUUAGUGUGAGUAAAUCUUCUCUCUCUCUCUCUUUCUCUCUACCUUGGAUCUGCAUGAGAAAUUAGCUGUGCAUUUGCUUUGAACACUAUUUGCAUAUAUGCUCUGUGACUUAUGUAAUGGCACAUGCAAGUGCUAAUAAACUUUGUUCCCCAUCAAUGGUUUUGAGUUUUAAGGGCUA